UUGGAUAACAUUGGUGUUCUGUUGACCAAACAGACAAGGAAUUUGCUCCGGAUUGCUAUAUACAACAUCAGCUACAUCAGAGGCCUAUUCCCUGAGAAGUACUUCAAUGAUAAGUCUGUUCCGGCACUAGAGAUGAAGAUUAAGAAGCUGAUGCCCAUGGAUGCUGAAUCCAAGAGGUUGAUUGAUUGGAUGGAGAAAGGUGUCUAUGAUGCCUUACAAAAGAAAUAUCUCAAGACCCUUCUCUUCUGUAUAUGUGAGAAGGAGGAAGGCCCAAUGAUUGAAGAGUAUGCCUUCUCAUUUAGCUACCCCAACACAAACGGGGAGGAAGUUGCAAUGAACAUGAGUCGCACAGGGAGCAAAAAGAAUAGUGCCACAUUCAAGUCAAAUGCAGCAGAAGUCACUCCUGAUCAGAUGAGGAGCUCUGCUUGUAAGAUGAUCAGAACGCUAGUUUCACUUAUGAGGACCUUGGACCAAAUGCCAGAGGAGCGAACCAUUCUAAUGAAGCUGCUAUACUAUGAUGAUGCUACACCUGAGGAUUACGAGCCUCCCUUCUUUAAGGGUUGUGCUGAGAAUGAGGCCGUAAAUAUAUGGAACAAGAACCCCUUGAAGAUGGAAGUGGGGAAUGUCAAUAGCAAGCAUCUUGUGUUAGCUUUGAAGGUUAAGAGUGUCCUUGAUCCAUGUGAUGCUAAUGAUGCUAACAGUGAUGAUGACAAGAUGAGCGUGGGUCAUGAGUCAGACCAAGAUGACUUUACGGACACCGAGGUUCACCCAUCUGAAGUGGAUCGUUACGUCAUUGCUCCUAAUGAUGGUAAUGGCAAAGGUCAAAGUGGUACAAACUCAGAUGAUGAAACUCAAGAUGCUGCUCAUGAGGAAGAGCUAACAGCUCAAGUAAGAGCAUGGAUAUGCUCAAGAAACAUGGGUACUGUUAAUGCUUCAGAUGUCCUUUCCAACUACCCUGACAUAUCAUUGGAAAUGGUGGAAGAUAUUUUGGAGAGGCUACUUAAAGAUGGUUUACUUUCGAGGGCAGGCAAGGAUGGUUAUGCUGUUAACAAGAUUACUGAUCCCAAAACACCCUACAUAAAGGAAGAGGUUGCCAUGCACAAUGUUUCACCUACUGAAGGAACCAAGAACAACAGUGGAGAUCUGAUGUAUAUGAAGGCAUUAUACCACGCACUUCCAAUGGAUUAUGUGACUAUAGCUAAGCUUCAGGGCAAGCUUGAUGGCGAAGCCAACCAGAGCACAGUCCGAAAGUUGAUGGACAAAAUGGUGCAAGAUGGAUACAUUAAGAAUUCAGGCAACAGAAGAUUAGGCAAAGCUGUCAUUCACUCUGAAGUCACCAACAGAAAGCUCCUUGAGAUAAAGAAGAUACUGGAAGUUGAUAUCACUGAAGACAUGGCAAUUGAUACCAACGCAAGGCCUGCUGAGUUUGAUCGCAGAGAUCACCAAACGGCUGACCAGGAAAUGAAAGAUGGCUCGACAAACGGCCGCUUCCAGUCAGUUGGAUCCGAUCUUACCCGCACACGGGAGCUGCCGGAGCAGCAGCAGACUAACAAGGACCCAAGCAGGACUCCCACAAGCAAUCGCGAGUCGGCCACGUCCCUGGAGAGUGGGGUGCUCGGGCAGAGGAUCAGGAAGUCUCUGGCUGGCGAAGAGUCGAUGUGCAUGCCGGACAAGCGGACCAGGAAGGCCAGCAUGGUGAAGGAGCCGAUCCUCCAGCAGGGCAGGCGCCACCGCUACUUCCCCGCCCACCGCGCCGCCCUCGCCGCCGCGCUCUCCGGCUUCCGCGCCAAGCUCGCCGACCUCCGCCGCGCGCUCCUCCGCCCCUCCGCGCCUGCCCCCCGCUCCCGCCUCUGGUGCCCCUUCUGCUCCGCCGACCUCGUCGACCUCGACAGCCGCUUCGCUUGUAGCAAUGCGAUUUACCAUCUCGCGAGCGGGGAGCACCUGAAGGGCGUCAAGGAUUUCCUGCGGAAGCAUGGGGGCGGGAUGGAUCAGGUCGAUUCGUUUAGGAUUUCAGAGGCUGAGCUUGCCAAGUGGGAGAAGGGCUGUGAGUCCUCCAGUACAGAAGCACAGGCAUUGGCCAAUGGCAUGAUUGGACCAUCUUUGAGGCCGUUGAAAGAUAUCCAAAAUGAAUCUACCUCUAAAAUUUUGGAUAGUUUUGCUGAAACUGACAUCCCAUCUUUUCGUAAUACUGCAUCUUGUGUUGUUAUGCCUUUACAAAGUCCUACCAAUGGGGCCUAUUACCCCACUAGUACAGCGUGUUAUGGAUCUUCCACCUCUGGAAGUGUUGCUUAUUCUGCUCCAUUUGGUACUUCUGGACUGCCUGUCAAACCCUGUGUCACAACACAUGGACAUCAGGGUAUGCCGAGUACAAACGUGUUUCAUAGUGCUGAUGCACGAAUGAAAGGUGCUCAAUCUACUUCCCUCGGAAAUGGACCAAAUCCACCAGCUUCUUCUUUUGUAUAUGUCCAACAGGGCCACUCUGGAGGGAAAUUCAAUCAGGGCCUGAAAGCAAAUGUGCAUACUGGCGCUCCUCCUCCAUGGUUAGAAGCUAGUGAGCAUGAUCCAAAGAAUGUGUCACUCGCCAGCUAUGCUCUUCCAUCUUCUCUGAAAGGAAAAUCAAGAAAACUUAACCCAAAGCGUGUUGGAGCUGCAUGGGCAGAGAGAAGAAGAGCUGAAAUGGAAAUGGAAAAGCGAGGUGAAGUUGUUCCAGAAACGCCUGAUGCUAGUUGGCUCCCUAAUUUUGGUGGUGUCUGGCAAUCUGGUUCGCGAAAGGAAUCGAGGAAAGAGUUUGAGAAAAAUCAUAAGCUUAAAGAGGAGAACAAUCCUGAGUUACUCCCUGAGAUAAAACCAUAUAUCAGCAAAAGGAUGCGUGUAGGCUCUAAUAAAGAUGGACAACCGGACAGCACCGUAGAAUAGUGAGGAGAUGUGCAUUGUCCUGCCGGAUGCUUUAUGGUACGAAUCUAACUAAAUUCAGUAAAUGGUAAUUUGGAGCUUUUGACUCGUAUAUCCAGGAACAAGAAAUCAUGUUUAAUUACUGAACAAGACUCCCCUUGUUCCGUUAUCGCUUGAUAGUGGAACCAGGUCCAAUUCUGGAUCGUAUGGAUAUUUUUUUACUGAACAGCACCAAGUUAUGAUUGAAAACUAGAUUCCUUAACUCUCCUGUCUUCACAUAACGCAGAACAGAAAUCAGAGGUGCUACAAGAACGUCUGCACAUGUGCAACUAAAUGUGGCAUUGGGUACUCGUAGAUGGUCCUGCUAUCUCUUUUCCAAAUGCAAUAGACCCACCCAACAACUGUUUCUUGCUUUCCGUCCAUCGCUAUGCGGUUUGGCGUCUGCAGAUUGUGGUCACGGUAGGUUUUCUGUAGAAGUUCUGCAAAACGGUCCAGUGGGCAGCUUUUGUUUCUGUACAGGAACGCUCUGGAUCUUGUCGUGGUUGAAGGAAAGGCAAUCUCUUGGGCGCAUGAUUGAAGAGAUCUUUUUUUGUUUGUAGUUUGACAGUGUGUGCAGUGCCAAUCAACCCAAGUGAAGAAAAGUUGGGACACUUUCCAAGAUGAGUUACCUGUCUUGUGAGAAUCUUUUCAGAAUGUUGUUGGUGCCUUGGUCGUUGUGGGGGGUGAUUGAUCGAGCGUGGAUUUGCUCCUGAUCAUAUGACAUGGAUAAUUGAUGGUCCUAGCUGAUAAUUAAGGUUGGCUUAUAGGCUACAUUUGUCCCGUCCAACCUAGCUUGUCGAUUUGGUAGCUUGGCAGCACAAUUGGAGCAAAACCCAGAGCCUAGUCCCUGAGCUUGUUUGUCUGAUGGCAUGUAAAGAAACCACGGCAUUUUUACUAACGUUGCCUCUUGAAAGGCUGCCGCUUGGCAUCUAUUUUCUGAUGGAAUGAUUUUCGUUUUGAA